CAAGUUGUGCGGCAUCGCACCGGCACAGUUAGCUGCUAGUCGCCGAACCAGUCACUUCGCAGACCUGACGAUGUUUUUCCUGAGCUUAGUUGUGUGUUCAUUUCUCGCAACGGCGUCUGCCACCAACGUGCAACAAUGCUCUGGACAGUCCUUUGAUUUGGAUGAAAACGUGCAGUUAUCGCCGUGCGUCAAACCACCAUGUCGCCUCAAGAAGGGAAGCGACCAACAUAUUACUAUUUCGUUCAGACCUAAGACUGAUAUAGAGAAAGUUGUCAACCAAGUCGCAGCAGACAUAGCCGGAGUGAAGUUUCCAUUUAUCGGUGUCGACGGCGCGGGAAUCUGCGACAAAAUUGAAAACGAAGCGGGCGAAAAAGCCUCCUGUCCUCUGAAAGCAGGCACCAAAUAUGUGUACAAAGAUUCAUUCCCAAUAUUAAGUUUCUAUCCUCGCAUAUCUUUAACCGUGCAUUGGUCACUGAGUAACGGUGAAAAGGAUAUUAUCUGUUUUAUGGUACCGGCGAAGAUAGUUAAUUAAUUUGUAUCAUUAUGCAAUAUAUAGAUAGGUCCUAUUUAAUUAAGCCAAUAUACCUAGUAAGCGUACAGCUGUCUUUUUUUCAGAUGUGCAAGUAUUUCUAUAGGUUAGUUGAGCUGACCCUUUUAUAAUCUUGUCUCUUCAAAAGGGAUUUGGUCACAACAUGACUAUGUCAACCCAAUGGAAGCUAAACAUUAAGGUAUGCUGUAUUAAAUAAUUAAUCCCUAUUGCUAAUAAAACAAGUUUAUACGGCAUUCCUGCCGACCUAUUUGUGGGUUUGCACAGCACGGCUAGCAUGGGCAAGAGACAAUUAUAUCACAAGGGAAAGGAUACAAAUGUAUCAGCUCCCACAGCUUUAUCAACUCUCAGAGCAUUGGCACACAAGUGGAAAUAAUAUCCACAUGUGUAAUAAACGGGGGUAAACUUCUCUUAUUCCAUAUUACCGUACUUUAGCAGGUGGACACGUUAAUUAUAUCCCUUGUCAGGGGAUAUAAUCGGGGGAUAUAAUUUUGCACCGUUUGUUUCAUCGUUGCACCUAUCCAAAAGAAAUACAGCUUUAAGGUACGAAAUAGUUCAAGAUGAUCAAAGUUUUUAGUUUUAUAUCUGAAAGGAAUUAUAGAUGUAGUCAGAAGAAAUUAUAAAGAUCUCUCACGUACUUAUUCAGAAGAACAAAAAUACAGAUGAAGUUUUGACACAUCUCGGUACAUUCCUAUGCAUAUAUAAUAAGUAAUAUUAGAAUACGUUUAAUAGAACAGGUUUAAAUAAUGA